UUAUACUAGUUGGUUGUACAAGAGUGUUGCCUGAAAUUAUCUUAAAUUUUAGACACCUGAGAUAUAGAGAAGAAGUGCAAUAUCAAUGUCGUGGCACCUAAUUAGUAUUGAUGCGCUACAACUAUAAGCAGUAUGCAUGAUUAUACAGGACCUACUCCUAAACAAAACAAGUAGCCAAUUUAGAGAAGGGAACAAACCAUAAUCAUAACCCUUGAAGCAACCUUACAAACCAUUUUGGUCUUGGUUAAAACUGGCUCUGAUCAUGACCGUUUUAGGUACUAGGUAGUGAUGGCUUCUCUAGUCUUUGAUGCAGUCCACGACCCACAAAUCGCUCCAACACUCGUACUCUUUGCGUUAUUUUCCACCAGUGGCUCUCGAUCGCUCACUUCUUGCUGUCCUGAUCACCUCACUCCCCUCCGAAUCCGAAUAACCAGCAACCAAUGUUAGCCAACAGUGACGCUCGCGUCUUGACCCAUGCAUGCGAGACACGUACUCGUCCCCUCCGUCUUCCUCUUCGUCGUCGCGCUCUGUACCAUCGCCCUCCUACCCCCGCCUCGGUGGCCAAGGUCGACGUCGUUCUUCCAGUCGUCUUGGCUGCCUCCGGUGAACAGAAAAGAGCACGACAGCGCCGACGACGGUCACCCGUGCGACUAUUCAGACGGACGAUGGGUGAGGGACGAUGCUGCCGACGUGACGACCUACACGGAGGAGUGCCCGUUCCUCGACCCCGGCUUCCGGUGCACCCGGAACGGCCGCUGGGAUUCCUCCUUCCGGCACUGGCGGUGGCGUCCUCGCCGCUGUGACCUCCCUAAGUUCAACGCGACGGACAUGCUGGAGCAGAGCCGGAACGGCAGGAUCGUCUUCGCCGGAGACUCGAUCGGCCGGAACCAGUGGGAGUCCAUGGUGUGCAUGCUCGCCGCCGCCGUGCCGGCCGCGGCCAGCGCGUCGUCGCCCAGAGUGUACGAGCAGUCCGGGAAGCCGAUCAGCCGGCACAAGGGCUACCUCGCCAUGGUUUUCGCCGACUACAACCUCUCCGUCGAGUACUACCGCGCGCCCAUGAUCGUGAUGGUCCACCGGUUCCCCGCGGCAAACGCGACAGGCAGAGGCGCCGUGAGGGGAGCCGUCCGCCUGGACGUGCUGCCACGGCACGCCGACCGGUGGGCCGGCGCCGACGUGCUCGUGCUCAACACCGGCCACUGGUGGAACCAGCACAAAACCGUCAAGGCAGGGAACUAUUUCAUGGUUGGCGACCGCUUAAACAAAACCAUGGACAUCAAGGAAGCUUUUCGACGGUCCCUGCAAACGGUGAAAGAUUGGGAAUUGAGUAGUGCUCGAUUUUCCAAAAGCCAUUUCUUCUUCAGGAGCUAUUCUCCCUCGCAUUACAGCAAUGGCACCUGGAACACUGGUGGCUCGUGCGCCGGCAACCGAGAACCACUGACCACUAACGUCCACUUCGGUGAAGAGUACUCAUGGAUGAACACAAUGAUUGCGAAGAUGACAGAAGGUAUCAAGAGCCAGGGAAGGAAGGCAACAUUUCUAAACAUCACUCACAUGACGGAGCUCAGACCAGAUAGCCACCCGUCAGGGCACAGGGAGCCCGGAACGCCGCCCGACGCGCCGGAGGACUGCAGCCACUGGUGCCUCCCCGGCGUGCCGGACGUUUGGAAUCAGGUCCUCUACGCACAUCUUUUGUCCACAGGGUAUGGCACGCGCAGGAAGGAUAGAUAAAUAGUCGUCGUAUUAGUACGUGUGUAUGGCGUAGACCGUGCCGUCUUAAGGAAGUUUAUCAGCUAUUGUAGCAUUCUUGUU